CAUCUUAAAUCUGUACAGAAUCUACAAAAGGCAGAAAACCCCGUUAUGAUGGUUCUCUGGUUCAGUUGACCAGGAGGUUCAUGGAUCUUGUCAAAACUGCUCCAGAAGGCGUUCUUGAUUUAAAUGAGGUGUCACGGUUGCUGGGGGUGCGCAAACGAAGAGUGUACGAUAUCACAAAUGUGCUGGAUGGAAUACGUCUUAUCCAGAAAAGAUCCAAGAACCAUAUCCAGUGGGUCGGAUCAGAUAUCAGAGAGAUUACUAAAAGGACACCUGAGCAUCAAAAGUUAAGAGAUGAACUCUAUGACUUAACAGCAAUGGAGGAAGCACUAGAUGAAUUAAUCAAGGACUGUGCUCAUCAGUUGUUUGAUUUAACAGAUGACAAAGAAAAUGCAAGACUAGCUUAUGUGACGUAUCAAGAUAUCCGUAGCAUUCAGACAUUUCAAGAACAGAUUGUUAUUGCAAUCAAGGCUCCAGAAGAAACAAAAAUGGAGGUACCAGCUCCAAAAGAAGAUUGUAUAGAAGUACGUCUAAGAAGCACAAAAGGACCCAUUGAUGUCUAUUUAUGUGAAGUACCGCUAAGUAACACAGAUGGUGAUGCUUUGAAAAACACAGGAAGCCUUUCAUUCGAAACUAAAUAGGCAGCUGCUGUGGAUGAAGAGUAAGCAGAAUAAAAAGAAAUCAAAUGCUUGUAGCAGUCUGAGUCUCAGCUUCAUGGACUUCACAGGAUUUACUUGGCUUCUGCAGAAGCAACAAAGAACUUUCCUUAACCGCAGUCUGAAGAUAAGGAUCUGUCCAUGGGGUUGCAGGGCUAAUGCCAUGCUGCAAAUCUUCAGUAGCACAAAGGCUGACAUUAACCUGUACCCUCCCUCCCUCCCUCCACUGGUAUCCUUGCCCUCUAAUUUCCUGCUGUUUGACAAAAGUAAUUUGAAUGCUACUGGGCUAACCAGACUUCGAAAAGAUCACAAGUUCUUUCUGUACAGUUCUUUUAUCAAAUUAUGUGUGCGGGCAUGCACAUGUGAACAAAUCAAUAGCCUCUUGUGCAGCUUAAUGAAAGGAGCAGCAAUUAAUACAAAUUUUGGGAACUGAAUCUGCAGCAAAAUAUGGAUGAUAAGGGACAAUUUUUGAAGAAAUGCACUUUUUAUCCUGAAGCCAAAUGGAAUUAUCAAGCCUGUACUGCAGUGUGAAAGAACCUGAUGGGAAAUAUUUCAUACAGGAAGAACAGAAUAAAGCAUAUAACUAUCAAAUCUAUGCACUCUGUUCUGUGUAAUCUGUUCCUGUGAUUGUGCAUUGAGCUCAGUAUUGAACUGUGGAUGUAAAUCCUGAAGAAAUAUAUAUUGCUUGGGCUAUGUGUAUAUAUGUGUAUCAUGUUUAAAUGGGAAUUUUGGCAGGGUGAAUGGCACUUCUGCUUUUGUACAGCAAAAUGGAAAUAAACUUGUAAAUAUAAAAAAUGC